AUGGGACACCUCAGAAUAGCACUCUUGGUCAACGAUACUCCAGUACAGCCAGUUAUCGACGAGUUUGGAAAAUACCCUCAGAUUUACGAACGUUGGCUCUCCGAAUCCAAGCCAGAGGAUGUUGCAUUCGAGUUGACACCCUUUGACGUGUUUGAUUCACCUGAGGAGUAUCCAAAUCCUACAGAAUACGACGCGAUGAUCCUUACCGGUUCAGCGGCAUCCGCUUAUGCUCCUUUGCCGUGGAUUGAGCAGCUCAAGGAAUAUGUCGCGAGAGUGGCUAGAGAUCAUCCUCGAGUGCGACUCAUCGGAAUUUGCUUCGGUCAUCAGAUCAUCGCAUCUGCUCUCGGUGGGGACUGCGUACCAAACGACGGAAUCUGGGAGAUUGGUGUCACCGAGGUAGACCUAACACCUGCGGGGAGGGACGUCUUUGAACUCGAAUCCAUAGCCAUCCAGCAAUUUCAUCGUGACCAUGUUCCGUCACUACCCUCAGGGUUUAUCCUCCUGGGUUCAACCACCACCUCCCCAAUUCAGGGAAUGCUUCUGCCAUAUUCACCCUCCGCCGAUGGGGCGAUACCCACUGCCCAAGACACGCAUAUUUUGACGGUUCAAGGGCAUCCGGAGUUUACUGGACCUAUCGUGGAGAAGAUUACAGGGGUACGAGAGCAACGUGGUAUCCUCGACAAAGCCAGAGCUGCAAGAGCGCGAACGGAUGCAUAUAAACCACACGAUGGUGCCGGUGCGAUUGCAAAGGCAGUCUGGAAGAUACUGCUAGCUCCCUCUACUCAGCAAACUCAGCAAAGCCAUUUGAAAAGCGGAGAUAAAAUUUAA